GGGGGAGUUUUCCAAGUGGAUCCUAGAAAUCCCACAAGAUAUCAGCCACAAGUUCAUGAAUCCCAUGGAAGCAGAGCAACAGAGCCAUGUCUGUGGGUACAAAAAGGCAAAAUACAAUUCAUCACCCCAUAACCCCAAAUUACACACCAUCGGCAUCCCCAUCCUCUCUCACCCUUUAGGGCAGGGUGCCCCUUUUGUCUCCCCCUCUAGGAACUCUACCCCAAAUCCACUGUUCUCAACUUCCCAAUAGAAUCAAUUACACUCGAUUGAUGCCAUAUUACACCUCCGGUUCUGUGUCUCCCCCCCUUUAAAUUCCACCCACGCCCCUCUCUCUCUCUCUCUCUCUCUCUCUCUCUGCUUCAGGAUUUCCCCCAUUCAAUGCCUUUUAAUUUCCAUAUUUAUAGGUCACCAUAGAUGGAAAACAAUUAAGUAUUAACCAUACAGGGCGGAGGAAGAAGAAGGGCAAGAAGAAUGAGGAAAGAGAACCAGUCAAAGGCUUUAUUUUAUUGAACUCCUCCACCCUGUUUAUUUUUCAGAUAAGCGUUUAGCGGCCCAAAAAUCUCCUCAUCCCGGCGCAUUCGGGUUGGUACAAAACCCAACGGCUGAACCGAAAACAGGUUCGCCGGUUCAGUCCUCCAGCUUGGCCUCUGCUAGCUCGCUCCCCUGAUUAUGGAGGGCGGGGCUUAGCAGCAAGUCCCUGUUGUCUCGCCCCUCAUCCUCGGUUCUUGAUCCGUUGGUGAGGGGGGUCGGUCAUUCCCUCAAUUGAUUCCUUCUAUCUUUAAUUCUCCCCUGUUCUGCAUCUGGGUAUCUUCAGUUAAUUAGUUUUUUCGGUUUCUUCAAGAUCGGUCGAACAAAUCUCCGUCGGAGCUGCAUCUCUGUUUCGAUUGGUUGCGCAGGGCUAAUUUGUCUUUUUGUUCUUAAUUUAGCGAUUCCCGUGAGGACAUAAGAUAUUCGUGUUAAUUUUUUGUAUUUUAUGCAAUUAUUGUCCCGAGUCUGGGAAUCCCGUAACUGAAAUUUCCGUCCUCUGUUCUUGAAAAUUGCAUUUUCCCAUCGGAUUUAUCGCCUUGUCUCCUUCAUAAUCGGCCGCUCCCCUGUACUCUGGCAUGAGUUCCACCUCUUUACCUCAAUCAACAUCCCGCGACCUCGAUCAAUUUCCCUAAAGGGUUGUAAUUGGUUGAUUCAGCUGCAGAUCCCCAUGCCUCGGCAAAUCGUGCUCCGGCCGCCGUCGAUGAACCGCCGGCAGCCGCUCCUGACAAACCAGUCUUCCACCGGCAGCGCACGGUUCGCGGAGGUCGCCGGUGGCACAACAGCGGAGUGCGCGGCGAUAUGCUGCUGCUGUCCUUGCGGACUCGUCAACCUCCUGGUGCUCGCGGUCUACAAGGUGCCGGCGGAGCUCUGCCGGAAGGCGCUCAGGAAGAAGCGCCGGCGGCGGCUGAUCAAGAAAGGAGUGUUGCCGCAGCGACGCUGCUGCGUCGACCCGGAGCUGCACAAUCAUUCGCCGCCGCACGCCGCGGCGGAGAAGGCGGGAAAAAUGGAUGAAUCGGAGAAGGAGGCCAUGGAUUUGGAGAAGGAGAUGUGGGAUAGGUUUUACAAUACUGGGUUCUGGAGAAGUCCUUCUCAGAGGGAGCAACAAAAUGGGAAAUGAUUGUGACAUGGACGAACAACACCUUCUCUCCUUAUGCCUAAUUUAAUGCAAAGCAAUUCAGCCAUUCACUCUCUUCUUCUUCAUGUGUUUUCUGGUGCUCUGUUUCUCAUUGAACUCUCUCUCCGUUUUAGUUUCAUUUAUUUUGAAAACUAUUUCUUGCCUUCUGGGUGGAUGGUAGCGUUGAAUGUGGUGAUUGGGAUGGAAGUUCAUCAUUAAAUGGGGCUGGGCUUCUUGUGAUUAUUGUGGUGAUGGAGAUGUUUUCUUUGUUAAUGCAUGUUUAUUAAUUUUGAUUCGUACUUUAAAUUCAAAAUUUUCUUGCUUAAA